AUUGAGUCCUCCACGUCGUGACCUUAACGCGUCUGUGGUAUACGCUCUCGUCUCAUCCUCCUAGCACAUCGUCGCGGCAGCUUUGACACGGUGUACAUAUACAGAGGCUGGGCGGAGAAUAAUUGACUGUCACAAUGGUUGUACUCGCAGCAUCAAUAUGCACGAAGGGCGGGAAAGCUGUCGUUUCCCGCCAGUUCCGUGACAUGACAAAAGGCCGGAUCGAGUCUCUCCUCGCAUCCUUCCCCAAGCUCAUCCCUACCGGGACACAACACACGUCCGUCGAACCACCGACGUGCGCUACGUCUACCAACCUCUGGAGGACCUCUAAUCCUCCUCAUUACAACAAAGCGUCGAACAUCCUCCAGGACAUCGAAACAUUGCACCUCUUCGCCCGCGUCGUCUCCGACCUCUGCAGAAGCGCGGAGCAGCGCGAGAUCUCGAAGCAUGCAUUCGAGCUGCUCGGGGCGUUUGACGAGAUCGUCAGCUUGGGCUAUCGGGAGCAGGUCAACCUCGCGCAGAUCAGGAACGUGCUGGAGAUGGAGAGUCACGAGGAAAAGAUCCAGGAGAUCAUUGCGAGGAACAAAGAAGCAGAGGCGAAGGAGGAGCUCAAGCGGCGGGCGAAGCAGCUCGAGAUGCAGCGACGCGAGCAACAACGGCGCACGGCUGCUGGUGGGCCUUCGGAGGCAGCUACCUGGCGGCGGUGUGUCAGGCUACGCCCCGUUCCCCAACGGUACGAUACCCCGGUGCCCCCAUUGCCCGCACGCGUCCCUGCGGCUUCAAGUGUCCGCGCGCCCGCCUUCAAGGGCAGCGGUAUGAAGCUCGGGGCAAGAAGAUAUGUCACCCCUGGUACGCCUGCGGUGUCGAACACCCCUGAGCCUGUCGCGCCACCAGCACCAAGAACGACCGCGGCAGCUUGCCCCCUUGUGCACGUCGUCAUUCGAGAGACGAUCACCGCGGAAAUGGUCCGUGACGGCGGUCUCAACAACCUCGAGCUCAAGGGCGACAUGAACCUGCAAAUCUCCGACCCCGACCUCUCGAAGCUCCGGAUCGCGCUCGCACCCGCUGCAGUGAACUUCGGCCCCGAACUGCAAUUCAAGCAGCACCCGAAGGUGGACAAGUUCGCGGCGAACAGGGACCGCGUCGUUGCGUUGAAGGACCCGACGAAGGGUUUCCCUGUCGGCCAGCCGCUUGCGGUGCUGAAGUGGAGAUAUGCUGGGAAGGAUGAGACUUACGUCCCGCUGUCCAUUAACUGCUGGCCAACGCCGUCAAAUGAUGGUACAUGUGAGGUGAACAUCGAAUACGAACUGGAGAAUGAGGGUGUUACGCUGCACGAUGUCGUGAUCUCUAUUCCCCUGCCUGACGGUUCUUACCCGACUGUGUCUUCACAUACUGGAGAGUGGGCUCUCAACCCUUCCGUGCACGCACUCGACUGGAACAUCCCGGUCAUCAACGCUGACGACCGUUCCGGCUCCAUGGAGUUCUCCGUCGGCGGCGACGACCCGGGUGCGUUCUUCCCUGUGAAAGUGGCGUUCAUUGGCGAGGGCAGCAUCGCGGGCGUGCACCUCGCGUCCGUCACGAAGGUGGGGUCUGAGGAGGACGUCGUUUACUCGGAAGAUGCGACUCUCCAGAUCGAGAACUACACUGUUGUUUAG